AUGUCUUCUGAAUUUGUGGAUGUUAUUCCAACACUUGCAAAUAAUUUUCUGCUGAUCAUUUUUGAGAAAUCCAGGGAACAUAUAUCCUAUAGUAUUCCAAUUGAUGAGAAACUGUAUACUGUGCACCUUAAGCAAAGAUAUUUUUUGGCAGAUAAUUUUAUGGUUUAUUUGUAUAAUCAAAAAUCUGUGAGUACUCAUUCUACAGAUAUUAAGCCUCACUGUUACUAUCAAGGAUAUAUUGAAGGAUAUCCAAAUUCCAUUGUCACACUCAGCGCGUGCUCUGGACUCAGAGGAGUACUGCAAUUUGAAAAUGUUUCUUAUGGAAUCGAGCCUCUGGAAUCUACAGUUCAAUUUCAGCAUCUUCUAUAUAAAUUAGGAAAUAGAAAUAAGGAAUUUUCAAGUUUCAACAAUGAGACUAAAAUCAUAGAAAAACACUCAAAGGACUACAUCAUUUAUAUAGAUGAAAAACCAAUACUGCCUGUUCCAGAUGUAUUUCCUCUUUAUCUAGAAAUGCACAUUGUGGUCGACAAAGCUUUGUAUGAAUACCUGGGCUCUGAUAGCACAACAGUAACAAAUAAAAUCAUCGAAGUUUUUGGCCUUGUAAAUUCAAUGUUUACCCAAUUUAAAGUCACUGUUGUGCUGUCAUCAUUAGAAUUGUGGUCAGAUGAAAAUAAAAUUUCUACCAUUGGUGAGGCAGAUGAAUUAUUGCACAUAUUUUUAAAGUGGAGACAUUUUUAUCUUACCUUAAGGCCUCAUGAUGUUGCAUAUCUAUUCAUUUAUAGGGAUUAUCCAGAUUAUGUGGGUGCAGUGUUUCCUGGAAAGAUAUGUGCUCCUCAUUAUUCUGCAGGAAUUGCAGUGUAUCCCAAGGAGAUGACUUUGGAGGCAUUUUCAGUUACUGUCUCCCAGAUGCUGGCACUCAGUCUGGGGAUAUCAUAUGAUGAUCCAAAGAAAUGUCACUGCUCAGAAGCCAUCUGUAUAAUGAAUCCAAGAGCUAUGACAUCCAGUGGUGCAAAGACUUUCAGCAAUUGCAGUUUGAGUGACUUUGAAAGUCUCAUUUCAAAUGAGGGUUCCAGAUGUCUUCAGAAUAAACCACAAAUACAAAGUCAAAGGAGAGCAGUCUGUGGCAAUGGCAGAGUCGAGACCGGUGAAGUCUGUGACUGUGGUUCUGAGGAACAAUGUGGACCUGAUAGUUGUUGUGAUCCUCGCACUUGUCGACUGAGACAGGGGAACCAGUGUUUUCAAGGAGGCUGCUGCAGACAGUGCCAUUUUUGGGAUAACAGCCAUUUAUGCAGGCCCAGUGCACAUCCUGAAUGUGAUCUCCCUGAGUAUUGUAAUGGAAGCUCAGGAGACUGUCCGCCUGACCUAACUAUACAUGAUGGGCACUUAUGCAAAAAUGACAAGUUUAUUUGUUAUAAUGGAGAGUGUCAUGAUCUUGAUGCACGAUGUGAGUCCAUAUUUGGAAAAGGUUCAAAAAAUGCUCCAUUUGCCUGCUAUGAAGAAAUACAAUCUCAAACAGAUAGUUUUGGGAACUGCGGCAAAGACCGGAACAAAUAUACACCCUGUGGAUGGAGGAAUCUUAUAUGUGGACGAUUAAUUUGUACCUACCCUUCUCGAACUCCUUUUUAUCAAGCAAAUGGUGCUGUGAUUUAUGCUUACGUACGAGAUAAUAUAUGUGUGACGAUAGACUACAAAUUGGCUGGUUCAGCUCCAGAUCCACUGGAAGUCAAAAACGGCUCUGAGUGUGAUACAGGGAGGAUUUGUAUAAAUCGUUUAUGUGUAGAAUCAAGAACACUUAAAAGUCAGUCAUAUACUUGUCGACAACAGUGCCAUGGAAAUGGAGUGUGCAAUUCCAAAGGGGCAUGCCAUUGUGCUCAAGGGUUCCUACCUCCAAAUUGCCAACGGCGUGCCAGAGGAUUACGUUUAUUGCCUGAGGAAAAGGGUUUAAAUCAGGAAGAAAUACUUUUGAAUGCUGAGAAGCAUUGGCUUCUAGGUUUCUAUGUUGGUUUUCCUAUUCUCAUUGUAGCCACUGCAAUAAUUGUGGCAUGGAAUACAUUGAAAAAGCAGCCCACCAAGGAAGAGGAAUCCCGAAUAUGGAAUUUUUCCAGAGACCAGCUUCAGCCAGCCCAGGGGUCCCAAGGUGUGAGAGGGCAUAUUCAGAGCAUGAGUUACAAUCACAGGUGCGAGACAAUGAUUUUCAAAGGCAUGUUCAAAUCAUGGGUUACUAUCACCUACAGGUACAAGAUAAUGGGCUGCCCACACAAGCCAAGGCCUGGAGAGCUGUCGAGAAAAGCAUAA